AAAUUUGACCUUUGACCCGCAGUAGUUCACCUCUGACCCCUCGCUACGACGAAGGAAGACGCAGAUUGCCUUGACUCCCGGUUCACACAAGGAGAAAACCCGUCCUAGGAAGCAGGCUGGACAUGGCAACGGCAGGACAAGGGUCUCCCACCGAAGUAGAGCAAAAUUCUUUUGAUGAGUCUCUCACCGGAGUUUCCCAGAUGGACAGCAAAACAACCAAUGCUGAAGACCAGACAGCAGACCAAAAGGUCAACUUGAACACUGCUAGUGAGCAUGCAGGAGACAAACCCUACAAGUGUGACCGCUGUGACUAUUCUACACCAUGGAAAUCUCACUUUAAUGGUCAUCUAGCAACUCACACCGGAGACAAACCCUACAUGUGGUGUGGGGAGUGUGGGUACAGGACAACUCAAAAGUCUGAAUUAUCCCGACAUAUGAGAACCCAUACAGGAGAGAAGCCCUACAAGUGUGACCAGUGCGACUAUUCAGCUGCACUGAAAUCCAGUCUGAACAGGCAUAUAGCAGCAAAGCACACAGGUGAAAAACCCUUCAAGUGUGACCAGUGCGAUUUUGCUGCAAUAACAAAAUCCCACAUUGACUACCAUAUAGCAGCAAAGCACAGUGGUGAGAAACCCUACAUGUGUGGGGAGUGUGGGUACCGGACAGCUCAAAAGUCUAGGUUAUCACGACAUAUGAGAACCCAUACAGGGGAAAAACCCUACAAGUGUGAUCAGUGCGACUAUUCUGCCACAGAGAAAUUCAAUUUGGACAAACAUUUAGCAAAGCAUACCGGCGAUACCGGCGACAAGCCCUACAUGUGUGGUGAGUGUGGUCACCGGACAGCCCAAAAGGCUGACUUGGCGAAACAUAUGAGAACCCAUACAGGUGACAAACCCUACAAGUGUCACAUGUGUGACUAUUCUGCAGCGCGGAAAUUCAGUUUGGACAACCAUAUGGCAGCAAGGCACGCUAGUGAGAAACCCUACCCGUGUAAGGAGUGUGGGUACAGGACAACUCAGAAACCUACUUUGCUUCGACAUAUGAGAACCCACACUGGAGAAAAACCCUACAAGUGUGAUCAGUGCGACUAUUCUGCAGCAGUGAAAGUCAACUUGGACUACCAUGUAGCAGCAAAACACAGUGGUCAGAAACCCUGGAGAAUGUGGGUACAGGACAGCUAUAAACUCUAACCUGUCUAAACACAUCAAAACCCAUAUUGGAAAAUGAACAAACAAAUGUAAACAGCACGACAGUUUUUUUAAAAUCAUCUUUCGACAUAGAAAAACAAGUGUCAUCAGUGUCACUGCGAUGUGGACGCCAUGUGGCUGAUUCCUGAUCAGAGACAAAAAAACUGAUGAUAGCUUUGCGGAGAGUCUGCAUACAGGAUAAAUGACAGUUUUGCCCUCUGCGGGUCUUCUGGACAUUACUGUCAUUAUUCGUGCUCCUCAUCUGACUAUUGUUAGACUAAUAGAGGCCUCGUGGACCUGAAAGAUGAUAUUGGCAAUGAUAUGGCAUGUGAUUCUUGGCUUACGGAGAGUCUGGAUACAGGAUAAGUGACAGUUCGACCCUGUGCGGCCCUUCCGGACAUUAAGAGUGCUUCCAACCUGACUAUUGUGAGACUCUGACUGAGAGAAGCCGUGUGGACUUGAAAGGUCAUCCUAAAUGUAAAACUUAGCUUGAUUAUUCAAAACUUAAAAGGUGAUUCUGUAUAAGAAACUUUGCUUGAUUACUUUUGACUUCUUAUUUUGAUGUGAGUCCACUGUGUAAGAUUUAUAGAAUGAGUUGAUAGUUCAUUAUAGGAUAAGUUAAUGGACCUUUUCAAGUAGGCAAGUGUUUUCUAAGCUAAAGCAAGCUAAGGUAUCGAAUUUUUAUUGUUACUUUUUUACAUGUCUAACAUUUGUAGCUUGAUGAAAAAAUAUUUUGCCAACUUACUUGAAAUAUGUAUUCUGUUUCAGAAAUGUCUAACCUGUAGUGAAUACCAACAACAGAAAAUAAUCGACCACACAAAAGCAGUGGUCUCGAUGAAAUUAUUUUACUGGUGUUUGACAACUAACCUCCAAGGUGAUCGAGUGUUAAUGAAGAAAUGAAGUGCACACUACGUUAGAAAUGUGCAAUGGUAGAUAUUUAGUUUCAUAGGAUAUUUUAUAGUUUUAAAACGUGUUAAUUAUUUUCAGAUAAUUCCUGUUGUUUUUGUUAAGGAGAAGACUUCAGACUUCGUAUUAUCUUAUUCGUACCCUCUAAUCUAUGUAUUACUAGGUUAUCAUAGGCCACCAUGGAUAUAAGGUUUUAAACUUUAUUCGAGAACAUAUGGUGUGCUCGAUGAAGCUGUGUGAGAAAUGAGAAGUAACACAACUGUCUAUAGUGCUAACGCAAUAGAAUACAAGGUUUAACAUCGUC